GUGCUGUGUUGUCCGAAUCCAUAACUGGAGCUUUUGCGGGAUAUAUAUAUAUGUACCUAGUAGUUAGGUAUGUAUGCACCUACAUGCCCGCCUUUUGCCGGACGCAAUGUUUCGGUGCCACAGGACGACAGUUAAACGCCGCGUCCUUCCUCAUCCUGCGUCUUGUGUAUAUACGCCGUCGUUCCGGCCAAUGCAGCUUAAUUGACGUGCGUUGCUUUUGUCAUUCAUAUGCUUUUUGUCCUCCACAUCGCGAUUGCGUGAGAAUCGACUGAGUGGUUGGGCGACAUUGCCGAGCGAUAAUGAGGAUCAGACGACCGCUCCCCUUUGCGUCGCCGCCCAGUCUGCUCCUCUUAAUACUCGCGUGGACGGCUGCAGUCUCCGGCAACCUGCAGCCCUUCCGACCGGUCGAGACAGCGGCUGCCAUCGCAAAGCGCCAGGGAUGUCUACCAGAUUUCUUUAGCUGCGCAGACCAAGGUGCCGCCUUCAGCAAUGUCUGCUGCCAAAAUGGCCAGAGAUGCCAGCUGGACGCCAAUAACAACCCAGCUUGCUGCCCUGGAGGCGCUGUGUGCACCGGCACCGCACCCGCAAGCUUCGUGACGCCCAGCCCGGCCACCGCCACGGCCGUCUCCUACGUCUCGAACCCCUAUUUUUCCUUCCCCUACAUCGCCACCUACUUCGCCAACCCGGGCUAUUGCUCUGCUGCCGUCAGCCAGUGCAGCGCCAACUAUGCGGCUUGCACCUCCCAGCUGGGAGGGCCGAGCGCCGGCGGCGGUUAUGCUGUCACCAUUGUUGUUCCGGGCGGAGGAGGGACGACCGUCACCGCUGGGGCGAGCGCUACCGUUGGUGUCGCAAGUGCUACGAGUAUCUGCAGCAGUCUGUCCAGCGCGGCCUGCAGUGGCCUUCAGGCUAGCAUGUGCACUUUAUCUGGGACCUCGGCCAGCGGAUUUUACUUCGGCACGGAAUCGGGGAAUUUCGCGGCCAGGCCAACGGCAGCAGCUGGAUGUGCCGGGUUAGUCGGUGCCGUUGCGGCCGGAGUCGCCGGCCUGGGUAUCAUCAUGUGAAGGGAGCUGGGCAGAGUCGCUUGCCCUGUUGAUAACCCGCUUUGCUGCACGGAGUUUAUGGGUGCUCCGGACGGUCAGAGUAACCAACCCAGCGUUCUAAUGCCCAUCUGUUUUGCUGCUCCCAAUGCUAGUCGAAAAUGCAUCCCC